UCAGCCCUUUCAUUAUAUCUCCGUUUUCUCGCCUUUUCUUCUCUCAUUCGCUUUUUCUCUUUUGAGUUUUCUCGGCAACCAAACAGACCCAAAUCGCUAGAGAAACCAAAAUCCGCCAUGAAAUUCGGCAAGAGCCUCAGCAACCAGAUCGAGGAGACGUUGCCUGAAUGGCGAGACAAGUUUCUGUCCUACAAGGAGCUGAAGAAGAAGCUGAAGCUCAUGGAGCCCAAAGGCGGAGAGAGUCGGCCGAAUAAACGGCUGAGAUCCGUGGCGGCGGAGGAAAAUCCGUCCGAUGGAGAUUGGAAGGUGGACGUCUCCGGAGGAGGGAUGACGAAGGAGGUGACGGAUUUCAUUCGGCUUCUCGAGGACGAGCUCGAAAAAUUCAACUCGUUCUUCGUCGAGAAAGAGGAAGAGUACAUCAUCAGAUUGAAGGAACUGAAAGAUCAUGUGGUCAAGGCCAAGAACUCGAACGAGGAGUUGAUCAAGAUCAAGAAAGAGAUCGUAGAUUUUCAUGGAGAAAUGGUCCUCUUGCUGAAUUAUAGCGCUCUGAACUACACAGGGUUAGUCAAGAUCCUCAAGAAGUAUGACAAAAGAACCGGAGCUCUGAUUCGGUUACCCUUCAUCCAGAAGGUGCUUCAACAACCGUUCUUCACCACCGACCUUCUCAACAAAUUUAUCAAAGAAUGCGAGGCAAUGCUCGAUUACCUCUUCCCUUCGACCGACAGCUUUUUAUCGAAGACCAAGAAUCGGGAAGAGGAAGAUGAGGAAGAAGAAGAAGAGCCAACGACGUCGGGAACGGUAAAGGCAACGGAUGAUAAUCUCAUAAGGACCCCGAAAGAGCUGUCGGAGAUCGAGUACAUGGAGAGCUUGUACAUGAAGAGUACGGUAUCGGCAUUGAGGGUAUUGAAGGACAUCCGCAAAGGUAGCUCAACGGUUAGCGUUUUCUCGUUGCCACCAUUGCAGGUGAGUGGUUUAGAAGAUGAUUCGUGGAAGAAGAAAGUCCCCAUCCUCGAACAAGCAGCAAAAUGAAUGAAUGGAUAGCCACUUCUAUCUAUGAACGUAGCAGGAAAAAAAAACACGACGUAUAUAUGAUCUCACAGUUGUAAAACGUUAACCCAAAAAAAAAAGAGGACUUGGAAACUGGGUUUGUUUCUUAUUCCCGUCCCGACAAAUCUCAACCGAGGUUUUUCUUGGUUCGAUUUCGUUAAAUGUAAGAGCAUUUUAAGAGGGUUUAUGAGAUUGUUAUGAUUGGAUUUA